UACACCAAACACUUACGCUCAGAAGACGAAUAUCACAAGUUACCCAUCAAAUAAGAGAACGGUUAAAUGAUGAAUCAGAUGGAGCUUUCAGUGCCAUAUGAUAAUGGAUAUGAACCGGAGGACUACAUGUUGCAGGAGGAUGAAUGGGACCGGGAUUUACUGCUGGACCCAGCAUGGGAAAAACAGCAACGAAAGACGUUCACGGCCUGGUGCAACUCUCACCUGAGAAAAGCUGGGACACAGAUUGAGAACAUAGAGGAAGACUUCAGGAAUGGCCUCAAACUAAUGCUGCUUCUUGAAGUCAUCUCAGGUGAGAGGUUACCCAAGCCUGACAGAGGGAAGAUGCGUUUUCACAAGAUAGCCAAUGUUAACAAAGCCCUUGAAUUCAUCACCAGUAAAGGUGUGAAACUGGUCUCCAUUGGAGCAGAAGAAAUUGUGGAUGGGAAUGUGAAAAUGACUCUUGGUAUGAUUUGGACUAUCAUCCUUCGCUUCGCCAUUCAGGAUAUAUCUGUUGAAGAAACCUCGGCCAAAGAAGGACUUCUACUUUGGUGUCAGAGGAAGACUGCCCCCUACAGGAAUGUCAAUGUUCAAAACUUUCAUGUCAGCUGGAAGGAUGGAUUGGCGCUGUGCGCUCUCAUCCACAGGCACAGGCCUGAUCUCAUUGACUACGCCAAGCUCAACAAGGAUGAUCCACUUGGUAAUCUGAAUCUGGCAUUUGACAUUGCUGAAAAACAUCUGGACAUCCCCAAAAUGCUGGAUGCAGAGGUCCUAGUUAGCAGUGACAGGCCAGAUGAGAGGACAGUCAUGACGUAUAUCUCCAGUUACUAUCACACGUUUGCAGAGGCUCAGAAGGCUGAAACUGCUGCUAACAGGAUCUGUAAGAUCCUAGGAGUGAAUCAGGAAAAUGAGAAGUUGAUGGAGGACUAUGAAAGACUGGCUAGUGAGCUGUUGGAGUGGAUCAGACGAACUAUUCCCUGGCUGGAGAAUCGUGUGGCGGAGAAGACCAUGGUAGAGAUGCAGCGGAAGCUGGAAGAUUUCCGAGAUUACCGCAGGAUGCACAAACCUCCCAAAGUGCAGGAGAAGUGUCAGCUAGAGAUCAGCUUCAACACCCUGCAGACUAAACUUCGCAUCAGCAACCGGCCUGCAUUUAUGCCCUCUGAGGGCAAGAUGGUGUCGGACAUAGCGAGUGCGUGGCAGGGACUGGAACAGGCAGAGAAGGGCUAUGAGGAAUGGUUGCUUACUGAGAUCAGGAGACUGGAAAGAUUGGACCAUCUAGCAGAGAAAUUCAGACAGAAAGCUACAAACCAUGAGACUUGGGCUUCCGGUAAGGAGGAGAUAUUGAGCCGGAAGGACUACGAGUCAGCAUCUUUAAUGGAAGUUCGAGCUUUGCUGCGGAAACAUGAGGCAUUCGAGAGUGACCUUUCCGCCCACCAAGACAGAGUCGAGCAGAUCGCUGCUAUUGCUCAGGAACUCAAUGAGCUGGACUAUCAUGAUGUUGCAUCAGUGAAUCAAAGGUGUCAAAGUAUUUGUGACCUCUGGGACCAACUGGGCACACUCACCCAGAAACGCAGAGAGGCUUUGGAGAGGACAGAGAAACUUUUGGAGACGGUGGAGCAGUUGUUUCUGGAAUACGCAAAGAGAUCCGCACCCUUUAAUAACUGGAUGGAAGGAGCCAUGGAAGACUUACAGGAUAUGUUCAUAGUGCACACCAUUGACGAGGUCCAGACUCUGAUAGCUGCCCACGAGCAGUUUAAGGCCACACUUCCUGAAGCGGAUGCAGAGAGGCAGGCGAUCCUUGGCAUUCAGCAGGAAGUCCUGAAGAUCUCCCAGAGUUAUGGCAUCCAUGGAGAUCUUACCAACCCCUACAGAACCAUAACUACAGAAGAGAUUGCCAUCAAGUGGGACAAGGUGAAGAAGCUGGUUCCCCAGCGUGACAGUGCACUGCAGGAGGAGUUAGCGAGACAGCAUGGUAACGAAAGGCUCAGGCGCCAGUUUGCUGCCCAAGCCAACCUUAUUGGACCAUGGAUACAGACCAGGAUGGAGGAAAUUGGUCGUUGUUCUAUGGCAAUGGAGGGGACUCUGGAGGAUCAGAUGACCCAGCUGAAGCAGUAUGAGCAUGUGAUUGUCAGCUACAAACAAAACAUAGAUAGAUUGGAGGGAGACCACCAACUUAUCCAGGAGUCACUUAUCUUUGACAACAAACAUACAAACUACACUAUGGAGCAUAUUCGUGUCGGCUGGGAACUCCUUUUAACCACGAUCGCUCGCACUAUUAAUGAAAUCGAGACUCAAAUUCUGACACGUGAUGCAAAAGGCAUCAGCCAGGAGCAGAUGAAUGAAUUCCGAUCCUCUUUCAACCACUUUGAUCGGAGGCUUCACAAGGCAAGAGUGGAAGAGAGGGGUAAACUCAGGCCUGAUGAGUUUAAAGCAUGUCUGUUUAGUCUUGGGCAUUUAGGAAAUGACAAACAGAAGAAGAAUAGGGCGAUGGAUUCUGAUGACUUUAGGGCCUGUCUGAUCUCGAUGGGUUAUGAUCUGGGUGAGGUGGAGUUUGCUCGGAUCAUGAUGCUGGUUGAUCCAAACACUUCAGGCGUUGUGUCGUUCCAGUCCUUCAUUGACUUCAUGACCAGAGAGACAGCAGACACAGACACGGCUGAACAGGUCAUCGCUUCCUUCAGGAUCCUUGCUGCAGACAAGCCGUAUAUUCUGGCAGAUGAGUUAAGGAGGGAACUCCCUCCAGACCAGGCCGAGUACUGCAUCAGCAGGAUGCCCCCAUACUCUGGCCCCGGGGCCCUGCCCAGAGCCCUGGACUACACUGCCUUCUCCACUGCCCUCUACGGAGAGAGUGACCUUUAACUCCAUCGACACCUCUGACCUUUACAAUCCCAUCUCACUUGUUAACCAAGUAAAUUGUUUACCCAUCAGAUCCACAGUCCCAUGAAAUGAAAACAUGCCAAAU